CGGGGCUUGGGGCUUCGUCUGAGAAUUGGGAGGAGUAUCUGAGGACUCAGUCAAGGUAGCAGCGGGCAGCGUCUCCGUCCCUUUGUCAUGCUAAUCCGAGGCAGAGGAGUUCCGUCCAUCACCAGCGCUCAACAGUUUGAAUGGGACAGCACACAAAGGUUAGUUGUCGUCUUCUGAACAAAGAAAUCUCAGAAGUUAUCAAAAGUUCGGAGAAACCUAUUGGUUGCUGCAAGAGGCAGAAAAGAUGCGGGUCUGUUUCAUCCAGCGCCGCGGUCUCUAUCCUCGUCUCUCAGGAGAAUCACUUUUUUAACCAGUCUUUCGGUUUUAUAUUUCUCGAACUCCAGUUUGUUUCAUUGUUCAAAUAUAGGCAUGGUUUCGUUGGGUUACCUGUCGUUUGUGAAAGAGUUGCCGGCAACAUAGGCUAUAUUCUUAAUUUAUUUUUCAGAAUAAAUGAAUGGAUGUUUUCCAGCUGUAUUGCUCGGAAAAUCAGAGUGCGCUUUCUUUAAAUACUUUUCAUAUGGUCCCACCGUUUCCCCGAAGUGGUUUGAUAGCCUACUCCAUCGCAUUUUUUUUAUUGUAGUAGACUAAUAGGCCUACUUAUUGCGAAGAAUAUGCCUAUAACUUGAUCACUUGUGUUUACUGUUUUGUGAUAUGAUUGGGAGAUAACAGAGAUUCAUGCAGAGUUUAAAGAGAAGUCGAGCUGGCUGAGGAUUGGACUCCUAAUUAUGACACAUCUGCUGCCGUAACCAUGUCAUUAUGUGGUUAAUCAAUUAGACAAAAAGGGGUACUAUUCUCAGAAGGGGCUAAGAGGCUGUGAGAGGGUGAUUCCCUGAGCCCCGGGUGUUUGGUCAUAUGAGGUACAGUACCACAACGCUAUCCUCUGUAGUAGACAGAUUAUUAAUAGAGGAAUAAGUUGUUGCACAAAUGUUUUAUUAGAAAAACGUAUUAGAGCUCUUAUCAGUUAGUAAUAUACAGCCCACCAUAUCAUUACACAUGUAAGCCUAGUUCCACUGUAAGGCUAGUCAUAUAACACACACACACACACACACACACACACACACACACACACACAUUGAGUAGAACCCACAUGUGUAGGAGGCAUCCUAUGUGAAUUGGGAUUCCCUGAAGAAAGAAAUCCUCUAUAUCAGUUUUUUUGCUCUGCUCUGCCUUGCUGCCCUGUUGUGGCGGUUUAAAAGCCCCCUAAAGCUGUUUUAGGUGGCCAGAGCAGGGUGAAAUCACGCUGAUGGAUUGUGGGUUGUAGCUGACUGUAUAAAAAGAUCCCCCACUUUCUGAAGAACCUCCUCUAGCCAACCAGCAAGGUAGCCAUCAGCCUGGCGGAGCAGGAAACCUUGGAUUAUCAGACCCAAAGACUUGUGCGUGCGUACAUCUGUGCGUGCUUGUGUGUGUUUGGGGGAGGGGAGUUGUAUAUCUCUGUCAGAGUCCCAGUCUCAGAGAGUAAAUAUUGCUGAAAUCAUCAAAGUGUGUACCAGACAGCUCAGCUCAAUGACAUAGAUAAAGAGUAAAUAGCAUAUUGAUUCAGGGACAAAGAGCAGCAUUCUCACCCAUCCUUUGUUUGCCCACAAAAGUGAGGUGAACUUUGUUUCCAUCUCAGAUAUCAUUAAUGCUGAAGCCUGAAUUCUUUCCCUGGGAUCUGUUUUCCUAGCCAGGCUGACUCGACUCGACUCAUGUGGUCAGAGAUGGAUCUGACACACUGGUCUGGACAGGAGGCCGUUGUAAAUGCAAUAUUCACACAGAGUUGUACUUAUUUCUAGCUGAGCAUUGAUUGGUUUUCUCAGACUUUUUUUUUUCCUGGGGGGUUGAGACCUCACGUUGUUUGGAUAAGAAAAUCCAAAAGUUGUAUUGGAAGGGGGCGGUGCUCGGGGGCUGUGUGUGGCUGUCCAAGUGGGUGAGAUAGACACAGAGGAGAACCAAUCAGUAAAAAUGCACAGCCCCCUUCAUAAUCGACACAUCGUGCUGUCAACAUCAAAAGAGCCUUUCCAGACUCUGAAGUCAGAAGGACUUUGAGUUUGGCGUCAGCCAGACUACUGUAUUCCUACUCUGUAAGGUUUUCUCAUUUAGCUGCUCAACUCCAGACAGUGUUUGAGAACAGAGGGUAUUUUGUAGUGUGCUCUAUAACAAUGUGUUUUAUUUGGACAUUGAUGUAAUCGGCGGAAAGCUCUGCUCCAAGAAGCAUUACCUUGUGUGCAUUAUGCUGUGUGUGUGCGUGCGUGUGUGUGUGUGUAUUCGCGGGUAGGGGAGUUGAUUUUAGUUUUUAAAUUAUAUUAAUGGAAAGCUCUGGGAAUGAGUACAUUUUUACAUAACCAUGUAGUCAAUACUGUGUGUGUGUGUCUGUGUCUGUGUGUGUGUGUGUGCAUGGCUGUGUUCAACAUAUUAUACAAAGUACUCUCUUGAAUGUGUGUGCAUUUGUGAGAGAGUGUAGUUCUAACUGUGUUUAUUGUUUUCCCAGGGUAGACGCUGUCUAGGUAAAUCCUACUUCUUCCACUUUAACCACCCAGAGGAGGCCAGUUGAAUGAAGAGCAUGCUGCCCCAGAAGAGUCCUGUCACCACAAUGGGCUAUGGCUCAGGUAGGAACCACUCUCUCUCUCUCUCUCUCUCUCUCUCUCUCUCUCUCUCUCUCUCUCUCUCUCUCUCUCUCUCUCUCUCUCUCUCUCUCUCUCUCUCUCUCUCUCUCUCUCUCUCUCUCUCUCUCUCUCUCUCUCCCACAACCAUGAAGACAACACACAACCAUUUCUCCUUUCCUUGUGCUAGCCUCUUACCCCAUUUCUCUACUUCCCCUAUACCUACUGUCAUUCUCCCCUGUUUAUCCCCUUGCAUGAGGAACCUCCAGAUGUGCCAAGGUGUCACUGAGAUUGAUGUGUUGUAUAGAAGGGGUUCUCAGAGAUCAGAAUGUGCUUGUUCUCUGUCUAUCUGUCAGUCUCUCUGUCUGCUGGGGGGCAAGGGUCAUGCUCUGUUCUACUCUACUCUGACACUGUAGUUAUACUCUUCAGCUAAAUGAUUAUGUACACUGCCAAAGUACUUUGGUCAAACUGCCCAUGUAAGGUAUAAAUAAAUGGAAGACCACCACAUCCUCUGCUAUGCAGUGUGAGUUUAUCCGCUGAGAAAAACAAAUGACACCAUACAAGUGCAGAUAAACAGAGUCUGAGGUCAGCCAGCCCAGUUGGUCUCAGAGCAGCACCCGCGCAUUGCAUGCUGGGCCACAGGGGCCGGGUCUGUGGGAGGAAGGGGUGUGCUGACAGAGGUGCUCAGGGUCCAGGCUGUCCCUCAGUGCUAGAAAGUACAAAGGCAUUCUGGCCCGUCUUGCUCUGCCAGCAUUUUUCCAUUUUUAGAUGAAGCUUUCCUUAACCAUGAACUCUGUGUUUGUGUUGGGCCCAGAACCGUCUGAGAGGGGUUCUUCGCUGGUUUCUCCCGCCUUAGUCAGCACACUGCAGGAGCUGAUCACUGUUUGGUUAUUAGAUACCACUCAGUCUGAUUGCCUCAGUCUCUCUUAGCUGAGGUGUUGGGCUUGAAGUAGGGUGUGUUUAUAAGGGUGCUCCAAGAAAGGAUCAUAUAUCCACAUUAAUGGGAGUUCUAUUCUUCUGAUGUUUCCACAGACUGUGUGAAGAUUGAGCACAGCAAUGGUGGCUCAGUGGGUGGUACCAUGAUGAGAGGCUCCCGUUCGAAGGCAGAGCUGCAUGACUUGAUGGAGACUCUGCAGCGCAGGAAGAGUGCUCUAGAGGCUAGCCUGAGGGCCAGUGCAGAAUCUACCCGCACCUACCUCAGCCUGCCCCCUCCCAGCCCCCUGUCCCCCACGGCCCACGGGAGCGCUGAGCGCCCCCUCUCCUCCAGAGGCCUCCCCUACAUGACCAGCAGCAGCAUGCCCCCCUCCCCUCGCCAGGGCGAGCGAUCUCUCAGCCCCAACUCACCAUACACCUGCUCACGCCACCAAUCACAGGACAGCCUGCUCCUCUCUAACUCCUCUGAUGGUCGCCGCCCCCCUGUAGCCAGUUCUCUGCUGUCCAUGUGGAAUGGUUCCUCUUCCUAUGGGGAGCCUGCCCCCCGCCCUCCUCGGGGCCACAGCGGGGCGGCCAGCAUGCCCUCCAGCCCUCGUCUAGGCCGCAGGCUCUACGCCCAGGGCCGGAACGUGGACAAUGGUAUGGACCCUGCACCACGUCAGAGGAAGUACUCUACAGGGUCACUCAACGGCCUGGGCUCUACCCACAGCCGCUCUCUACCCCGCCUCCAUCGGUCGGCUGACUCCCCAGCCCUGUCCCUGCCACCACGCCGCUCCAUGGGCUCCCACAGAGGGGAGAAGGUUUCUGUUUCCCUCUCCUCCAAGUCGAGGCGAAGCCUGUUUACUGUGGAGCGGCCGCCAGACGUGACAGUGCCAGCCACAGCCAGUGUACCGGGUACUCCACGCCGGGCCAGCCUGGCCUCUCUGGGCUGUGAGCUGGAGGGAGGGGGCCUGCAGGGCUCCUCACCCUGCCUGGACCUGGGCCUGGGGGAGAGGAGGCUGUCCUUUGGGAAGGGGGGACUGGGGCCGGGAUCGAGGAGGGGCAGCAUCAGCUCUCUGAAUGGGAAGGAGGAGCUGAGAGACUACCACAUGCACCAGAGAGACGAGAGGCUCAGAGAACAGGAGGUGCAGAGGCUGGUGAGAAUAACACGUUUGUCCUCUCCAUUAGAACAAUAAUGUUACUCAUAUUCAUUAUUAUUCUGCCAUGAUAAUACCCUGCUUUUAUUCUUCAGUCUAGAGUUUAAUCUAGAAGGCUCUGAUUGUGUGACUGAGACACCUGGUUUCAUUCUGCCAGUUCAUCUGGUCUCCAGUCUCUUUACUAGGGACUGUUAGGAAAACAUGAAAGUGUUUAUAGGGCUUUGAUUUCAGCUUCUGUUACUUGAGAAGGCUAAUUGGAUUUUCUGACUAGUUCUCACCAUGUUUCACAAGCUCCCUGUUUAAUUGACACACUUCUGCUGUAAAGAGAUGGAAGCCAUUCAGACUGGUACGCCAUGAACCAGUUGGUCAGACUGGUUAAAACUCCUUUGAACUUUAUGUUCCUCAGAAAAUCACUGGAUUAAAUUUAAAUAGAUUUCUCUGGUUUUAAUGUGUUUUUAUUGGUCGUUUUUAUAGGUUGUUUGAUCGUGCUUAUGGGUGAUCACAUGAUUACAUUGUGUUGACAAAAUACUCUGUAAAUAGAUGAAAAUACCCAUCUACGAAAUAUUUGGAUCCCAAUAUCACAAUCUGAAUGGUAAAUUGGCUGUAUGUGUGACUGUGUUGACCAUUGGUUUCUCCCCGUCUGUGUGUAGGAGCACCAACGGCUGGAGACCAUCCUGAGCCUGUGUACUGAGCUGGGCCGUGUGGAGCGGGACCAGAGUGGCUCGGCCGUCUCCGACCUGCAGAAGAUCAACAAGGAGCUGGAGAAGUUGCAGGUGUCCGAUGAUGAGUCAGUUUUCUCCGACUCCCCUGGCAGCAUCAGUGGCACUGCCCCGGAGAACGGCUUUGGCACCAAAGCCGAGGAGUACCAGUUGGCAGAGGAGCGGCAGGUCCGCGAGCGCCGUCACAGCGGGCACAGAGAGGCCAGGGAUGCCAGGUCUCAGUCACCUGCUCUCAGCCUGCGCAGCAGUGGCCCCUCACCCUCCCCCUCCCCUCACCACAGAGCCAAGGUAAGGCCUGGGGGACAUGUCUUACGUUGUCCUGAGGUCUUUCCUCUCUAACCCUUUCAACACUCAAACAAGCACUUCAAUAUACACAGAUAAACAUGUGGGUGCACACACUCACACAGUGAAAAGUGUAUGGAAAAAGUGGGGGAAAGUAUAAAAAGAAACAAGGUAUGGGAGGUUUAUCAAAGCAUCUGCAUGACACAGUAACUCCUUCUGACAUAGCUGUGUGUGUUCAUCUAUGACAGAGUGAAUGUAAAUACAGUUGAAGUUGGAAGUUUACAUACACCAUAGCCAAAUACAUUUAAACUCAGUUUUUCACAAUUCCUGACAUUUAAUCCUAGUAAAAAUGUCCUGUCUUAGGUCAGUUAGGAUCACCACUUUAUUUUAACAAUGUGAAAUGUCAGAAUAAUAGUAGAGAGAAUGAUUUAUUUCAGCUUUUAUUUCUUUCAUCACAUUCCCAGUAGGUCAGACGUUUACAUACACUCAAUUAGUAUUUGGUAGCAUUGCCUUUAAAUUGUUUAACUUGGGUCAAACGGUUCAGGUAGCCUUCCACAAGCUUCCCACAAUAAGUUGGCUGAAUGUUGGCCCAUUCCUCCUGACAGAGCUGGUGUAACUGAGUCAGGUUUGUAGGCCUCCUUGCUCGCACACGCUUUUUAAGUUCUGCCCACAAAUGUUCUAUAGGAUUGAGGUCAGGGCUUUUUUACUUUUUUUGUUAAAAAUGAAUGCACUGUUGGUUAAGGGCUGUAAGUAAGCAUUUCACUGUAAUGUCUGCACCUGUUGUAUUCGGCGCAUGUGACCAAUAACAUUUGAUUUGAUUUGAUUUGAUUUGAUGGCCACUCCAAUAUCUUGACUUUGUUGUCCUUAAGCCAUUUUGCCACAACUUUGGAAGUAUGCUUGGGGUCAUUGUCCAUUUGGAAGACCCAUUUGCGACCAAGCUUUAACUUCCUGACUGAUGUCUUGAGAUGUUGCUUCAAUAUAUCCACAUCAUUUUCCUUCCUCAUGAUGCCAUCUAUUUUGUGAAGUGCACCAGUCCCUCCUGCAGCAAAGCACCCCCACAGCAUGAUGCUGCCACCCCUGUGCUUCACGGUUGGGAUGGUGUUCUUCGGCUUGCAAGCGUUCCCCUUUUUCCUCCAAACAUAACGAUGGUCAUUAUGGCCAAACAGUUCUAUUUUUGUUUCAUCAGACCAGAGGACAUUUCUCCAAAAAGUACCAUCUUUGUCCCCAUGUGCAACUGUAAACUGUAGUCUGGCUUUUUUAUGGCAGUUUUGGAGCAGUGGCUUCUUCCUUGCUGAGCGGCCUUUCAGGUUAUGUCGAUAUAGGACUUGUUUUACUGUGGAUAUAGAUACUUUUGUACCUGUUUCCUCCAGCAUCUUCACAAGGUCCUUUGCUGUUGUUCUGGGAUUGAUUUGCACUUUUCGCACCAAAGUACGUUAAUCUCUAGGAGACAGAACGCGUCUCCUUCCUAAGCGGUAUGACAGCUGCGUGGUCCCAUGGUGUUUAUACUUGCGUACUAUUGUUUGUACAGAUGAAUGGGGUACCUUCAGGCGUUUGGAAAUUGCUCCCAAGGAUGAACCAGACUUGUGGAGGUCUACAAUUUAUUUUCUGAGGUCUUGGCUGAUUUAUUUUGAUUUUCCCAUGAUGUCAAGCAAAGAGGCACUGAGUUUGAAGGUAGGCCAUGAAAUACAUCCACAGGUACACCUCCAAUUGACUCAAAUGAUGUAAAUUAGUCUAUUCAAAGCUUCUAAAGCAAUGACAUCAUUUUCUGGAAUUUUCCAAGCUGUUUCAAGGCAGUUUACAUACUUAGUGUAUGUAAACUUCUGACCCACUGGAAUUGUGAUACAGUGAAUUAUAAGUGAAAUAAUCUGUCUGUAAACAAUUGUUGGAAAAAUUACUUGUGUCAUGCACAAAGUAGAUGUCCUAACCAACUUGCCAAAACUAUAGUUUGUUAACAAGAAACUUGUGGAGUGAUUGAAAAACAAGUUUUAAUGACUGCAACCUAAGUGUAUGUAAACUUCCGACUUCAACUGUACAUGCAUUACAGCAGAGGUGUCAAAUUAAUUUUGCCCUGGGGGCCACAUUCGGUCUUCAACGAGGUCCGGAGGUCCGUUCAGAAUAUUAUCUCGCCGUCAAAUGUACCAAAAGUUAGUCCUCUUUCAAUGCUCCCUGACUGUGUAGCUUUAUUUUCGUUGACUUUUAGCGAGCUUGACACAGUCAAGAAACUAUAUAAAUGUAGGUCCGUUAUCAUUUCUACACAGUUUAGAUUAGUUUUUAGUUAUUUAAAAAAACACUACAUCAUGAAAAGUAUGUGUAUGCCUGCUCGUCGAACAUCUCAUUCCAAAAUCAUGGGCAUUAAUAUGGAGUUGGUCCCCUCUUUGCUGCUAUAACAGCCUCAACUCUUCUUGGAACAUUUCUGCAGGGACUUGCUUCCAUUCAGCCACAACAGCAUUAGUGAGAUCGGGCACUGAUGUUGGGCAAUUAGCCCUGGCUCGUAGUCAGCGUUCCAAUUCAUCCCAAAGAUAUUCAAUGGGGUUGAGGUCAGGGCUCAAUGCAGGCCAGUCAAGUUCUUCCACACCGAUCUUGACAAACCAUUUCUGUAUGGACCUCACUUUGUGCACGUGGGUAUUGUGAUGCUGAAACAGGAAAGGGCCUUCCCCAAACUGUUGCCACAAAGUUGGAAGCACAGAAUCGUCUAGAAUGUCAUUGUAUGCUAUUGCGGUAAGAUUUCCCUUCACUGGAACUAAGGGGCCUAGCCCGAACCAUGAAAAACAGCCCCAGACCAUUAUUCCUCCUCCACCAAAUGUUACAGUUGGCACUAUGCAUUGGGGCAGGUAGCAUUCUCGUGGCAUCCGCCAAACCCAGAUUCAUCCGUCGGACUACCAGAUGCUGAAGCAUGAUUCAUCACUCCAGAGAACGCAUUUCCACUGCUCCAGAGUCCAAUGUCGGCAAGCUUUACACCACUCCAGCCGACGUUUGCAUUGUGCAUGGUGAUCUUAGGCUUGUGUGCGGCUGCUCGGCCAUGGAAACCCAUUUCAUGGGUUCUUGUGCUGAUGUUGCUUCCAGAGACAGUUUGGAAUUCGGUAGUGAGUGUUGCUACGCGCUUCAGCACUCGCCGGUCCCGUUCUGUGAGCUUGUGUGGCCUACCACUUCACGGUUGAGCCGUGGUUGCUCCUGCACGUUUCCACUUCACAAUAACAGCACUUACAGUUGAACGGGGCAGCUCUAGCAGGGCAGGAAUUUGACGAACUGACUUGUUCUAAUUGCCCAACUGGGGUCCUCUGUAGCUCAACUGGUAGAGCACGGCGCUUGUAACGCCAAGGUAGUGGGUUCGAUCCCCGGGACCACCCAUACACAAAAAUGUAUGCACGCAUGACUGUAAGUCGCUUUGGAUAAAAGCGUCUGCUAAAUGGCAUAUUAUUAUUAUUAUUUUAUUAUUAUUGUUGGAAGGUGUAUCCUAUGACGGUGCCACUUUGAAAGUCACUGAGCUCUCCAGUAAGGCCAUUCUACUGCCAAUGUUUGUCUAUGGAGAUUGCAUGGCUGUGUGCUCGAUUUUAUACAUCUGUCAGCAACGGGUGUGGCUGAAAUAGCCAAAUCUACUAAUUUGAAGGGGUGUCCACAUACUUUUGUAUAUAUAGUGUACAUUGAGUUCGUUGUAUAUAUACAGUGCAUUCGGAAAGUAUUCAGACAUCUUGACUUUUUCCACAUUUUGUUACGUUACAGCCUUAUUCUAAAAUUGAUUAAAUAAAUAAAAAUCCUCAUCAAUCUACACACAAUACCCCAUAAUGACAAAGUGAAAACAUGUUUAAAAUUUUUUUUGCUAAUAUAUUACUAAUAAAAAAACUGAAAUACCUUAUUUACAUAAGUAUUCAGACUCUUUGCUAUGAGCCUCGAAAUUGAACCCAGGUGCAGCCUGUUUCCAUUGUUCAUCCUUGAGAUGUUUCUACAACUUGAUUGGAGUCCACUUAUGGUAAAUUCAAUUGAUUGGACAUGAUUUGGAAAAGCACACACCUGUCUAUAUAUGACAGUGCAUGUCAGAGCAAAAACCAAGCCAUGAGGUCGAAGGAAUUGUCCGUAGAGCUCCGAGACAGGAUUGUGUCAAGGCACAGAUCUGGGGAAGGGUACCAAAAAAUUCUGCAGCAUUGAAGGUCCCCAAGAACACAGUGGCCUCCAUCAUUCUUAAAUGGAAGAAGUUUGGAACCACCAAGACUCUUCGUGGAGCUGUCCGCCCGGCCAAACUGAGCAAUCGGGGGAGAAGGGCCUUGGUCAGGGAAGUGACCAAGAACCCGAUCGCCACUCUGACAGAGCUCCAGAGUUCCUCUGUGGAGAUGGGAGAACCUUCCAGAAGGACAACCAUCUCUGCAGCACUCCACCAAUCAGGCCUUUAUGGUAGAGUGGCCAAACGGAAGCCACUUCUCAGUAAAAGGCACAUGGAGUUUGCCACUUGGAGUUUGCCAAAAGGCACCUAAAGGACUCUCAGACCAUGAGAAACAAGAUUCUCUGGUCUGAUGAAACCAAGAUUGAACUCUUUGGCCUGAAUGCAAAGCGUCACGUCUGGAGGAAACCUGGCACCAUCAUGCUGUGGGGAUGUUUUUCAGCGUCAGGGACCGGGAGACUAGUCAGGAUCGAGGGAAAAAUGAACAGAGCAAAGUACAGAGAGAUCCUUAAUGAAAACCAGCUCCAGAGCUCUCAGGAUCUCAUACUGGGGCGAAGGUUCAUCUUCCAACAGGACAACGACAGCCAAGACAACGCAGGAGUGGCUUCGGGACAAGUCUCUGAAUGUCCUUGAGUGGCCCAGCCAGAGCCCAGACUUGAACCCGAUCUAACAUCUCUGGAGAGACCUGAAAAUAGCUGUUCAGCGACGCUCCCCAUCCAACCUGACAGAGCUUAAGAGGAUCUGCAGAGAAGAAUGGAAGAAACUCCCCAAAUACAGGUGUAACAAGCUUGUAGCGUCAUACCCAAGAAGACUCAAGGCUGUAAUCGCUGCCAAAGGUGCUUCAACAAAGUACUGAGUAAAUGGUCUGAAUACUUAUUUAAAUGUGAUAUUUCCGUUUUUUAUUGUUUAUAAAUUAGCAAAAAAUCGAUGAGGGAAAAAAACAAUUUAAUCAAUUUUAGAAUAAGGCUUUAACGAAACAAAAUGUGGAAAAAGUCAAGGGGUCUGAAUACUUUCCGAAUGCACUGUAUACAUUUUUAUUUUUACUCAAACCUCCCGUUGGCCGGAUUGGACCCCCUCGCGGGCCGAAUCGGCCUGCAGGCCGUAUAUUUGACACCCCAGCAUUAGAGGGUAUGUGAGUACAUGAGGUAGUGGAAACGAUGUAGCCCUGUGGGGGUUGAGGUAUGCAUCAGUGUUGCUGAAGAUAUAAGGAGUCUUCCUUACAUCUCCUAUACUUUACAUUUACAUUUUAUUCAUUUAGCAGACGCUCUUAUCCAGAGCGACUUACAGUUAGUGAAUACAUAUAUAUAUAUAUUUUUAUACUGGCCCCCCGUGGGAAUUGAACCCACAACCCUGGCGUUGCAAACGCCAUGCUCUAUCAACUGAGCUACAUCCCUGCCGGCCAUUCCCUCCCCUACCCUGGACGACGCUGGGCCAAUUGUGCGCCGCCCAUGAGUCUCCCGGUCGCGGCCGGCUGCGACAGAGCCUGGAUUCGAACCAGGAUCUCUAGUGGCACAGUUAGCACUGCGAUGCAGUGCCUUAGACCACUGCGCCACUCAGGAGUACGUAACUUUCACUGUAGGGGUUAUUUAAACACAAAGUACACAUCCACUGGUUCCCCUGUCUUUCACGAGGAGCUUAGUCUGACUCUGCACCUAACCCCAGUCCCAGUUUCAGUCCCAGUGCAACUAUUAGAGUUAUAUUAUUGCUGUAAAACUGUGGCAUUUUUUCCACUCUAGAGCAGUAAUGACUUAAUGCUGUGUUUGGUUUUAAUGGAGGAGUUCUCUGGGGAAUAGUUCAGUUAUAGCCCUAAGUCGCUCAAACUCUCUGAAAGGAGGGUGAGCAGGAAAUUACUUAACUGUGUGUAUGUGUGUGUGUGUGUGUGUGUGUCUGUGUGUGCGUGCGUGUGUGCAUACGGUGUGUAAGAGAAAAGUAUUUCUCCAGAUGUUUUCUUAAUAUUACAGUACUUACAAUACCCAGUACCUGCUUUGUAGCUGAUAUUAAUAUUUAUACAAUUUCAAUAGAUAAUCAUUCUACCUUUUAUUUGAAAAAUAAAUCUGUUGGAGCCUACUUUAUUAUCUGACUACCAGAUUAGUAUUAUAUUUCAUUGCAUGUAGAGAAUACAUUACCGCUAUCAUUUGUUACGGCUGAGAUAGAGACCCAUUAAAGACACACGUUAUUGAACCUUCCAAUCCACUCUCUUCAUCCAUCUCACAUUCCUAAGACCUGGCAGAGGAACAGCGGAGCAUUCAGUCAAAUACCGUCAGUGAAACAGCCCAUAAAUCGUAGGACUGCGGCCUGCCUGCCACAUGAGGUUCAGACCACUAUAGACCAGCACUACUUUAGGCUCCUAUGUGGAGGUGGAGUAGGCAUCAGCUAUUGUAGAGGUUGUGAUGUGUCAGAUACAGUAUGUGGAUUAGAUCAGGGGCUGAUGAGAGGAGCGGGUGCUCUCUGACUGGUAGAGGAGAUGACUAAGGCUUGUACAGUAGAGUCCUUCUGAUAUAGUAGAGUAUUAGUAACCCAGUCCCUGUUCUGCUGAGGGACUUCAGUUUCCUCUGCAUUACAGACACAUGGCAGGAGCAUUAGUCCACCUCACUAUUGCUCACACCAAUCUGAGGCAGCUCCAUCUAACCAACGUACUAUGGCAACAAAUGAGAAGGAAUUACAAGAUGUGAAGAAAACAUAAAAACAAAUAUUUCCCAUUCCUCUGUGUACAACCGUGGAUAGAUUUAAACAAGAGGCAUGAUCCUGCCGUGGGCCUUAUAAUAAUUUAGACAUGACAUCAUCACAGUGUUGACAGUAACACACAUUGUGAAUAGAUGCAGUAGUUUGUAGGCCCAUGGACUAAUGAUGGUUCGGAGGAUGUGCAUCUGAAACAGGAAGUGAGCCGUAUUGAGGAGGAGAGGAUCCAGGUGCUGAACAACAUAGAGGAGGUGGAGCAGAAGAUCAAAGACCUGGACAACCAGAUGGAGGAGUCCAUCAGAGAGGUAUGCAGCACAGCAGAACACAGCAUGUGAUUGUGAACGGAGCUGCACGCAUGCUGGGUGUUUGAUGUGUGUGUGCGUGUUAGUUAGUGUUGACAUGUGUGUGUGUUUAUGAGUUGGAAUUCUUUGUGGAGUUAGGAAAUUAAUGUUUACAGUUGUUCCUGGGUAAUGACACUAGUGGGGGUUAGUGCUGGUAUCUGGCUUUUGGGAGCUAAUUAUCUAGAGUUAUGGAUCAUCGUCAUUUAAAGCUGCAUCAGUCAGUGGGAUAAUGUUACCUGUGCGUGUGUGUGGUGUGCAGAUGGAGGUAGAGCGGGCUCUACUGGAGGGGGAGGAGGUCUCUGAGAUGGCCCUGCUACAGAGGGAGAAGGAGGUACUGGACCAACUCAAUGAGAAGAUUGGCAGCACUGACAAGACUGCCCUCACAGAGAGGUCCCAGGUAGGUGCAGCAGACGUUGUUCAGCUCUGAGUUGGAUGCCAUUGCUCUCAGACACAGGGAAUGUGAGGGGGAGAGAUGGACAGAGAGACAGAGUAUGUGUGGGAGUUGGGAGGUCAGUGGUGAGAAUCUGACUAGGAGGAAUCUACAGUCCAGUCCACAGGUCUGAGUACAGUAGAGCAGGCCUUCCUCUCUUUUCUUCUCCCUCCCUCCACUUUGUUCCUUCUCUCCUUUCACUAACACUCGUUCCUCUCUCUGUUGUUGUGUGUGUGUGCGCAUGUAUGCGUGCGCACUUGCGCAUAUGUUUUAGUGCGUGUGUGUGUGUAUGCAUGUGUCUGUGCUUAUGUGCCUAUGCGUUUGUGUGUGUGUGUGUGUGUGUGUGUGUGUGUGUGUGUGUGUGUGUGUGUAAAUGUGUCCACGACUAUGCAGGAGAAAGCCCUGCUUGAUGCUGAGAGGGUAAAAGUAGAGAGGCUGGCGGAGCUUGUCUCUGAGCAGAGGACCCAGCUGGACAACUGUCCCGAGGCGCUUCAGGAGCAGCUUAAGGAGCAUCUCUCCAGGGUCAGUAAGACACAGCAACAAACUCCUAGCUGGUCCCUCAUCCUCCUCAGUUAAUAUGGCUGCCUUUCUUCCUUUUAACAUGUUGCUUUCUACUUCCCUCCCUUCUUUUGCGUUCUAUUUCUGUGGUGCACAUAAAAUCCUCCUCUUUGGCCCUCCCUUUUAUAGAUGUCCUCGUAUCCCCCCUGCCUCACUCAGACAGCUCCCUUCUUGUCCUUGGGUUCACUUGAUGGUCUCUCCCCUAUGAUUCAGACAGAGAUAGCCAAGUAAGGAAAGUGCAGUGACUUGAAGUAUUGUCUCAGAGAGUAGAUGUAUGUAUGUUGUUAUCUAGCUAAUGCAUUUAACUGGCAUUACAGGAUAAUUGGAGUUCAUUAUUGUGGUCUAUUUGUCUGUAAAAUGUAAAUGUAUUUGUCUGUCUGUGAGUUUGAAUCCUCCACACACUGACCCACUUAAAGCCAGUGCAUUCUCUAUCUUAUAUGAUGUGUGUGUGUAUAUGUGUGUUUUGUCCGUCAGGAUGUGGAGGUACUGGAGGCCAAGAGGAAGUGGUUUGAGGACCUGGAGUUCCAGCAGCUGGAGAGAGAGAGUCGUCAGGACGAGGAGAAGGAGGGUCAGACCCAGCAUCUACUCCGAGAGAUAGCAGAUUACCAGCGUAGCACUGUCACACGCAAGGAGAGACUCCUGACCCUGAAGAAGCAGUCUACACAGAUUACCCAGCAGUCUCAGCGAGAGAAGGACAGCUUCCUGAAAGAGAAGAACAACCUGCUCCUUAUGCUUCAGAGGGUAAGAAGGUUUUUGAUUACUGUAUCUGUAUGCCUGCACCUUUGUUUGACUGACAGUCUGUGUGUCUCUAGGAGAGGGAGAACCUGGCUUCUCUGGAGAGGAAGUAUGCUGAAGUGACUGGAGGGCAGGCCUUCCCUAACAACCCUGUUGCCAUGAAAGAGGUAUAAUGUACAAUUCCUACACUACUCACAGUGCAUGCUGUAUGUCUGACCAGCAGAGGGCAGCUGUGUCUGUACCAAGAGCCCUUCAGUGACUGGAAUUCCUAACAACAGAGGAAGUUGCCUUCUAAAACCACCACUUUCAAUGAAUGUAAAGCUUUUAUAAUUUCCAUAUGUUUCUGUUUCUGUUGUGGUCUCUGCAGCACUUCCGCUCUCUGGAGGAGAGGAGGCGGGGCAGUAAGGAGAACUCCUCCCACCUCAGUGACACUCUCCGUAAGCGGAGCCAGCAGCCCCUCAGUCACUACAGCAGCUCCACACUAGGCCGCAGCCUGUCCUCUAAGGUGAGCAUGGGGGACCAACCUCCCCAUUGCACAUAAUUGAAUAAUUGAUUGCUAAUGCCAUUGAAUGCCAGAGUCCCCUCAUCUGAUUACUGGAGAUAUGGGUUAGAGAAACACUUAUCAGGUCAUGAUCUCUCUCUCUCUGUUGUGUCUGUCUGUCUACUCUGCAGUCCCACCUGCCCCUGUCCCAGAGCUCCAGCUGUGGUAGUGCCAUCCCCCGGGGCCUCUCUGUCUCUCCCAGAGAUCUGGAAUCUCAACGCCUGCUCAAAGGUUAGCCAAAACACUGUUUUCUGGUUUUGUGAACACGAUAUCUGUGUUUAUGCUCCAAGUUUAAACCUCUUUUAUGUUGUCUUAGUAAGUAAAUUAUGCCUCUAAUGACCUAUUGUCUAGAAGGAAAAUGUUAGUUGGAGGAAAGGAAACUUUCUCUUUUAAAAUGUUUUUCGGGGCUUUGUUUAUUUGCGCCUAGUAAAGGCACCUUAUUAUCUCUCUGUCUCUCCACCUUUUCUCUUAUCAUCUCUGGAGUCCCUGCCUCGCUCCCUACCCACUGACUGUUUCUCACAGCAUGCUAGCUACAAACCUUUUUACAUCUUCCAUCUAAUCUGAUAAAAGGCUUUAGAAAGAGUAUGUCUGUGUGUCCAUCUGUCUCUCAGCAGGCCACAGCCACUUGUACAUGAGUGAGGACAGACAGAGACUGGUUGACCUGUGUAGCAGGACCGUCUCAGAGUCCAACGUCUUCCUGGACCCCUUCCACUACACAGACAACGGCCAUGGCUUCGACACGCUCAGCGCGGACAGCUCUGACAGCAUGGAGACCAGCAUCUCUGCCUGCUCCCCAGACAACAUCUCCAGGUGAGAGAGAGCGAACUGUUUACAGAGGACCGUGGUUCAAGCAGGAUCAUUGAUAGCUCAAUGUGACAUUAGUUGAAAAGAACAUGUUUUGUUCUAGAGGAGAGCUGGGGACAUGGCGCGUAAGAGACAUCUUAUGUAUUAGAGAGAUGUGACUCAGCAUCAUUCCAUGUGUUUGGUUCUUUCCUAAUUCUGUGAGUCUUUGAAGUAUCCAGAAGUGAAGCUGAGCGUGGUGUGCAGGAGUGAGGCAGGGUGAGCGCCCCAGAGGGAGGGCUGAGGGGGAGGGAGGGGUGUGGCUGAGGCUGGUGCAGGAGUGUCAGGUCACAAACACAUCUGUGCUCUCAGUGAAGGGGCCCAGCCACCUCUUAGAGCAUUGUGGAGAUCCAACCCAUCAGUACUGUUACUGUGUCGCUGGGAUAGUGCCAGGAUGCUGAAUCUAAUGUGAGUAAAGACCUUGUUUGUGUGCUUGUGUGUGUCAGUGCUUGCUCAGGUUGUCUAUUAUAGAGAGGAGGCUGUGUUUGUUCAAACCAAAAGUACUGUGUUGCAUCCUUUUUGGAUAUAAAUACUUUGUUGUUGCAACUUGUGUGUUACUGUUUAAUGGCAGUUUUUGUCCGAAAUAAUCACUUAGAUGAAAUCAGUUGAACUCUCAGACAAAAGUUGAUUAUGCUCAUUGGUUACACUUGACAACAGACACAUGGUUCUGCAGACUGUUUGGGAUUUUCCAUUAGAUGUCAUGCUCUGCCAAGCCAAACUAUUAGAUUAAUUCUAAAUCUUCAGGAUAUCUUGUUACAAUGGUCAAUCUAUGUUUAUAUCUAUCUCUGCAGAUAUUGUUUGGUGUACCGUGAUAGUCCUGUACAAUCUAUAUGUCUGUAUAUGUUUGUUGGUGAGGAUGCUGAACAUCGUGGCUUCGCCAUAUGUUGUCCAGCUGUCUCACAGCCAGUGUUAUAAGCAGAAGAGGUGUUUUUUCUACAUGACUAAUCCUGUACACACACAACAGCCUUGAGAGUUACCAUUGUUUAAGUGUGUGAAUGUGUUUUUGGUCAGUCUAUAUAGUAUUUACGGGACAGAAAAACAGGUACGUUGUACAGAAUGGGGAUUUUAUGACUGGUGCAGAAGUGCAGUGUUUAUGUUAACUUUAUAGUAAAGGCCCUAGUCUGGAAUUUCACUCACACUUAAUCGGUUCCAGGAUGGACAGUCCUUUUCUGGUGAGAGUGUGUCCUCUUCCUUGAUGUGUGUCUAUGGUUGUCUUUUUUCCACAGUGCCAGCACAUCCAAUGUAGCAAAGAUUGAAGAGAUGGAACGUUUGUUACGAGAGGCCCAGGCUGAUAAGAAUCGACUCCUUGAGCACAGGGUAAUAAAGCCUUCAUUAGUAAACCAUCUCUACCAGCCUCUUUGCUCUGUGUGUGUGUGUGAGAGAGAGAGAGAGAGAGAGAGAGAGAGAGAGAGAGAGCGAGCGCGAUACAUGCUGUAACUAACGUUGUGUGACGUGUGUAGGAGCGUGAGAUGGAGGUGCGCAGGCAGGCCCUGGAGGAGGAGCGGAGGAGGAGGGAGGACCUGGAGAAGAGACUGCAGGAGGAGACCAGCAGGAGGCAGAAGAUGAUCGAGAGGGAGGUGAAGCUCCGUGAGAAACAGAGGGCACAGGUGGGAGAUAUAGAAAAGGAUGGGCCAAGAAUCACAAUAACAAUCAUUUCAGAAGCAUGGUAAUUUAGGGCGAGGCAACACAGGCUCCGAUGACAUUUAUUAAUCUACUUUUUGGUACCUUAAAGAUGCACUCCGGGAUCUUGAGCACAACAAAUUGGAUUCGUAGCAUAUCACACGAAUUGCAAAAUUUGUAACAUACCAAACGAAAAUUCAUGGAUUUUAACCACAUUCAACUGAACAUAAAUCCAUCAUUUCAAAGCUCACUACAUUAAAUCAUACACCAUUUAAAAGCCCAUUUCAUAGAGAAUGUUACAAGCUGGACUAUAUGUAUUAACUUACUUUGAAGAGAUCAUGGUUGGGUCUAAAUAGGCAUUUCUGGUUGCUUUGCCGCAGACCUUUUAUGGCAAGGUUCAGGCGAACGUUUGAUCAGUGAUACAUUGUAACAUGAACAACCAUGCCCAGGUCCAGAAAGUAUUGCAUCCAACAGCAUAGGCUACCAAACUUGGGUGAUUCUAAAAUUACUAGUUAGGCUAGGAGGGGUAGUCCAAUUGAUGGAAAUGUAUAGUAAAAUAUAGUUCCAUGCCAGGUGCUGAGCCUGGUUGAUAAACACAUCCGGUGUCGCCAAUUAGGGUGAUCGUCAGUCAGUGUCCCAGCUGGCAAAGAAGAAAUUCUGUCUGUUUUUUGAUAAAGAGCAAAUACCUACGCAUGUGAAGCUUAGUUAUGUAAGAUACGCUGUUCCCAAACCAUUGCAGUGUAAGAAUUGUAAAGGAUUUGGCCAUGUUUCAAGUGUGUGCAGACAGACAGAGUAUAUUGAAGAACGGUGUGUAGAAGGACUCCGGUGUUGCAAUUGUGGUGGGGAUCAUGAUCCCGAGUUCCUGGAGUGCCCUGUAAGGGUGAAGGAGAUUGAGGUGGAAAAGGUUAGAGCUCCUAUGUGGAGGCGAUUAAAAUAGUUGAGAAAACAAGUGAUGCUAGUGAAGAUAUGGUAGUGGAUGCACUACAGCCUGUAGUAAAUGUUUGCUGCCAGUCAAAAACCCUGUGUGUUAAAAAGGUGGAUUUUUGUGGCAUUCAAGUACCCCUUCAAGUCUCAAAGAAGUCUAAGAAACUGGAUAUUAUUGUGGCUGCAGCAGAAAAGUUUUUGGGACUUUUACAUCUGAAGACUUGCAAGGGGUACUGGCGAGUGGGACUCCCGAGUAGCGCAGCGGUCUAAGACACUGCAUCUCAGUGCUUGAGGCAUCACUACAGACCCCCUGGUUUGAUUCCAGGCUGUAUCACAACCGGCCGUGAUUGGGAGUCCCAUAGGGCGGCGCACAAUUGGCCCAGCGUCGUCCGGGUUUGGCCGGUGUAGGCCGUCAUUGUAAAUAAGAAUUUGUUCUUAACUGACUUGCCUAGUUAAAUAAAGGUAAAAUACAAAUAAAAUAAAAAGUACUGGCGCCGGAUGACCCAGGUUCCCCUUGAGCCUGUGUAGGGAUCAGAUCUGUUUUAACAGAAAAGUUGUUUGAUUUAGUUUAGUGUAUUUAUACAUUUUUUGGUAGUUUUUUGGGAGGGGUAUUUUGUUACAUUUUGGGGAAUCCUGUUUCCCAUCCCGCACAUUAAAUUGUGCAAUCGCCAAUAUACCAUAGAAGAAGAAGAAGAAGAGGCUGCUGGUUUUGUUUGGUGGUCAUGAGUUCUUUCGUUUGUCUUUGAGUCUUUAGUUUGGGCAUGCCUUUGGUAUUUGUCCUUUUUGUACAUAUUUAUUUAGUUACCAUCUGAACAAAUAGUAAUCUGCUUGAACUGGCCGACCAAGAGGUCAGGACAGAGCUGGCCCUGGAUUUAAGGUAAAGUAGCUGUCUCCUGGGUAUCUACAUUCAACACCUAGGCACAUGCGCUGAUUUCUCACAUAGAUGCACAUCUUAAAUCAGGUUACAGACCAGUUUACUAUAGUUAUUGGUUUUGUAACCGUGUCUACAUUCAACUGGUAAGAGAUCAUUGUGAUAUGAAUAAGGGGGGGAAAUUACCCUAUUAGGGUGUGGUGCCUGGCCUUAAAUAGACAAGAUCCAAUACAUUGUAAAUAAAAAUGACUAGCAGGUCUUUAACUUGAUUGUAGCUUUUAACCAUGGGCUCAACACAGACUAGACACCUGUGACCCCUGACCCUUGUCCCCAGGCCCGGCCGAUGACACGCUACCUCCCUCAGAGGAAGGAUGACUUUGACCUUCAUGGUCACAUUGAGGCAGCUGGACACAACCCAGACAACUGCUACCACCUGGCCAUCACAGAUAAAACCUGCAGAGGGUUCCUGGUCAAGAUGGGUGGUAAGAUCAAGACCUGGAAGAAACGUUGGUUUGUCUUUGACCGGAGCCGCAGGACCCUGGCCUACUAUGCAGGUGAUUGUACCUUCUAUUCUCUCUCUUUCUCCCUCUUCUCUGUCUCGGUCUGUUGCAGCUGUAAGUGGUAGAUCAAUCAGAGCGCUGAAAGAAAAGCAGUGAUGACAUCAUCAUCAAGCUGUGCUGCUUUACUCUGGAUAUCUAGGAAGAGCUUUGAUUCAAGUGAUGUUAUGUUUCACCACCCAUAAACAUAGUCAUUCCAAUGCUAUGUGCUCUGUUCCAGACAAACACGAAGCCAAGAUGAAAGGGGUAAUCUACUUCCAAGCCAUAGAAGAGGUUUACUAUGACCAUUUAAAGAAUGCACACAAGGUAAGGUACAAAUGAUUUACACAUUUACAGUAUCGAAGUAUCUUUAUUUUAAGCUAAGAAACACAAUUUUUCUUUAAUUAUAGUGACAUUGUUUUUAUUUUUCCUCCCACUUUUGCAACCCCUCCUCCCUCCCUCACAGAGCCCGAACCCAUCUCUGACGUUUAGUGUGAAGACCCAUGACAGGGUAUACUACAUGGUGUCUCCCUCCCCUGAGGCCAUGCGCAUCUGGAUGGACGUCAUCGUCACCGGGGCUGAAGGGUACAUGCAUUUCAUGGUCUAAACAACCCCCCAUGGUCAGGAGCUCUUACCCCACAUCUUAACCACAUCCUGACCACAGACUGUCAGAUGACAAACCAACAGGAAAUAUUCUUUCCUCUAGUCCCAUCGCUGCCUCAAAGACAAAACAAUGUGACUGGUCAGGAUUGAGAAUCUGUGACCUGAGCACAAUACUCUCCUGGUUUUUACCUUUCCAACCACUUUCAUUUCUGUCUCACUUUAGUGAGCCCAACUCUCUCCUCCUCCGGGACUGAUGUGACGGUAAUCUGAUACUUCACAAUCUGGCAGGGAAUUACUUCCUCAGGAGGAUUAGGUGCCCAGUGCCGCUUGUUCAUUUGGAAAAGACAAUCUAAGAAGAUUCUAAUACAUAUCGCUUUAUGUGUGGAGAGGAGCUGUUUUUGCACAGUCACAUGGUUUACCCUCAUGAUAUUUCGGGACCGUUACUGACCCUGAGUCGCUGUCUGGGGUGUAUUAUGCAGUCUGAUAGGCUCACAGUGUACUAGAGGUUACUGUCCCAUCCUUUUCAUCAUCCAAGUUGAGCUGGCAGUUGAUUGGUCAACCAAAGCUCUCCAUCUGUUUUCCUUCCAGCUGGACAGCCUCUUUUGUUUUUAUCAAACGUUCCCUCUCUCCAUUGCCAAACCUUCCGGAGACUGUCUAGCAUCUGCACAGACUGAGAGGACUAUAUCGCCCUCCAUUGGAAAACCCAAGGUGAUGCACAUAACUGAUGGGUGUCUUUUGUACCUUACUGUUGCUUAGAAACGUGGGGUCAACAUGGGAAGUCCUGAAACACCGGAGACUUGAAGGUUUUGAAAUGUACCUCUCUCAGCACUAUGUACCAAAGCCAUACUUAUUUGUAUUGUAUGUAAAUCAUGUAAAUGAAACCUAAAGGCUCUGCAAAGGACUACUUACAGGGUGUGGAAGGCGUUGACGAUUUGUGUGCAUGUAUGUACAUUUCGUGCGUACCACACAGCUAAAUAAGUUGGCAAAAACAUUCCAGGGCACUUAAAAUACUAGUUAAAAUGAAAUGUCUUAAUGGAACAUGGCAUUGUAUAAUGUGCCUUUAUGUAAGUCGCGUCUUAUGACAGGUUGUGUAAUAUCAUGCUACCAGUGGGCUGAGUGCAGCUCCCUACCCAAUCAAUGGGCUCAUUAAUUUCCGAAAGCUUUAGAAGGCCUUGCAUUGCUCCUAUUGUACAGUAUCAUGUGAUAUUGGAUAUCAUUGGUGUCCUUAGCAUAGAGUUGGUUUGUUUUGAGUUAUUACACAGUCGCUGUAAGACCUGUGUUGUACUAUAAUACGUACUGCUUUUAAAAUGACUUUUUGGGGUCACAAAUAAUGGAACAUGAAUUUAUAUUGGUUUCAUUGUAUCUGCUCCUUUUUGUUUAACAAAUAUAUUAAAAUGUGUCAGUAGUAUGUGCAUGUUGAACAUACAAAUCAGCCAUUUGUGUUAAACCAAAGAGCAACGCAAUCUCCAGUUUUCUGGAGAGAUUAUAUUGAAGUCAAAAUAGAAAAGAAAAUGUGAUUCUACUUAUUUGACCCAGUUAUCUUAAGUGAUGUAUUUUUAAUUACUGUGAUCAAAAAUUAAUUAUCCUUUUAAGACACAAUGAUACUGAAACAGCUCCCUCACUCACUGUGAGCUCAUAGGUAGCAAGUAGUUGCAUGGUCAAUGAGGUUAUUGGGGGAGUGCACACGAGACCAAAGGUCCUUCUCUGACAGUGUUAUGAAGGGGACUAGCUCUCUGUGACCAGUUGACAUUUCAAGCAGGAACCCUCAUGCUCGGUCAUGUGUGACUACAUAAUAUGGACACACUUCAAGUAUUUUCCAUAUGUGUACCAAGGAAACAAUCCCUUUUUAUGCAUUUUAAAUAUAUAUACAUUUGGUAUUUUUAUAUGAACAGUGGUAAUUCAAAUGUUAUUGUUAAUCCUGCAUGUUUUUUAUACAAAUGUAAGAAUAAAUCAUAUACGUUUACGAA